AGAUUGGCAGUCAGAAAUUCCACAAAUACAGCCAAGAGAAGACACUGAAGUGGUUAAAGAAAAAGGUCAAUCAAACAGUGAAAGCACUUAAAAGCAAUGAUAUAAUUGUAGGUGGAAGGGUAUAUGCAGCUACAUUUAUCAGCAGCAGACAGAACACAGACACUGAAGAAGACUAUGUAAGAUAUGCCCAUGGCUUAAUAUCAGAAUAUAUUCCUGAAGACCUGAGUAAGGAGCUGUUAAAAUACUUAGGGCUCCCAGAACUUAAAAGCCCAACACCAGAGCCACCAUCAAAGAAAAGGAAAUUGUCAGAUGUCCCAGUAGAAGCAGAAGAAGACUAUACUAAGUGUAACAGCAGCAAUGUGAAAACCAAAAAGGCAAACACCAAGAUGUCUGCAGCACAAAAGGCUCUGGCCAAAGUUGAUAAGAGUGGGAUGAAAUCCAUUUCUUCUUUCUUCAGCUCCAAACCUAAAGCAUCAAAAUAA